CCCAACAUGAAAGAAGUUGUCAGAAAAGAAGUGCUUAAGCUAUUGGAUGCUGAAAUAAUUUACCCAAUCUCUGAUUCUAAGUGGGUAAAUGUUCCGUUUGAAUGGAGUCCUGCCUGUCAAAAUGCUUUUGAUAAAUUGAAAGAUGCACUCAUUUCAGCACCUAUCAUUCAGUCCCCUGAUUGGUCCCUCCCGUUUGAACUUAUGUGCGAUGCUAGUGAUUAUGCGGUAGGAGCUGUGUUAGGGCUGAGGAAGGAUAAGAAACCUCAUGUGAUAUAUUAUGCUAAGUUCAACAUUGAAAUCAGAGACAAGAAGGGAGUAGAAAAUGUGGUGGCUGACCAUUUGUCAAGGAUUCCAAGUCAAGAUCUCACACAAUUUGAUGAACCAAUUCAUGACAAUUUCCCUGAUGAGCAACUGUUUAAAGUGAAUGUUAUUCGUGCAUCAUCUGUUGUCCCUUGGUAUGCCGACAUUGCGAACUACCUGACAAUUAGUCUGAUCCCAGACCAUUGGAGUAAGCAAGAUAGGCAUAAAUUCUUCAGAAAAGUCAGAACAUUCUUUUGGGAUGAGCCCUACCUCUUCAAGUAUUGUCCUGACCAAAUCAUCCGUAGAUGCAUACCCGAUCAUGAGCAACAAAGUGUCAUCAAUUUCAGUCAUACUCUUGCAUUUGCUGUUGACUAUGUGUCCAAAUGGGUAGAAGCAAUCCCGGCCAGAACAAAUGACCAUAGGACUGUCGUGAAAUUUUUGAAAGAAAACAUAUUCAGUCGAUUUGGGAUGCCACGUGCAAUCAUCAGUGAUGGGGGUUCCCAUUUUUGUAAUAAAGUAGUGGCAGGAUUAAUGAUGAAAUAUGGUGUACUGCAUAAAGUUGCAACACCAUACCAUCCCCAAACCAAUGGUGAGAGUGCAGUCACUGGGGAUGCGUAUUUCGAGGAUAGCUCGACACUUGUUGGGGUUGGCUUCUAUCUCUUGACUGGUGAGCUUGAAUCCGAGGAACUUUUCAGUUUGUACACCAAAAAUGUGCAUCCGGAUUUGAUUGUACCCCAAGUAUGCGUCCAUGAAGCUGAGAUAUCUCUUGUGGUAGAUGAAAGAUGGGUCAAUGCCCGGCAUGUCUGUGGGGGUCCAGGCAAAAAGCCAGCUACUCGUAGUCGGAGUUCAUCAAGGUUGGCAGGAGGCUUUCAAGCUAGAGAAUCGAAAAAGGACCCAAGCUUAAGCCCUGCCAUGAUGGCGUGCAGGGAGACAGGAAGGCAGAAUCCCUCUAGCCAGGGUACGGACAUGAUGAACUCCAAGAAAUGGUGGCUUGAAGUGUACAAGGAUGCUGAUGGUGGAGGAGUAGGGGUGUGGGUGGACUAG